AUGAUUGUUAUGUUGACGUGUUGCUCAGUUAGUGUGAGUGCUUUGCAUCUGGAAUAUACUGUGAUGGGUGCAACUGUCGAACCCAACCCACCAGCGCAAUCCACAGCCCCUCACGCCAAUAAUCAACAGCUUUCCUUACCAGAAUAUUCUCUGCACAUCAAAGCCAGAAUCUGCCACAGUUGCCGGAAUCUGAAACAGUCGCCGUUGUCAAAGAGCUUCUUGUUCGUUCUCAUCGUCUUCAACCUUCACCGCAGCUACAAAUCCUCGACGGAAUCUGCUACAAACAUCAUCGCCGGAAACCAUCGUCGGAAUCGCAUCGCGUUGUCCUUGCCAUUGUUAGUUUUCGUCGCCAUCACCGGAAUAAUCAUAUCUGGAGUAAUUGCUGGCCGUUGCCGCAGUCGAUUCUGCGGUUCGUUGUUAUCAUUGCUAGGUCACAGGGUCAAGCCUAAAGUUUUGUUCUCUUCUUCCUUUGGAAAGAAGGUCCAGGGUGUAUAUAUAUAUAUAUAUAUAUAUAUAUCAGAGGAUCAGAUUGGCACUGUUUGGCUACAUGUUCAGAGUUAUCCUAGUUUUGGACCCAGCCUAGAAUUGAACCAGUUUACUGUUCAAGCAGCCACUUUUGGGGUAGUCUUCUACACCUGGGAGGGGAGCAUUCAAUUCUACAUUGGACUUCAAAAAGAAAUUUAUCUCUCCCCAUCAACAAACAAAAACAGCAGAUUUUCUGCAUCAAUUUUGGAGCCCAUAAUGCCACAUAGGAGCUUCAAACCCGCCAAAUGCAAGACAUCAUUAAAGCUUGCGUCGGCCCAAAUAAAGCUAUUGAAGAACAAGAAGGAAAUACAAUUGAAGCAGCUUAAGAAGGAAGUGGCUCAAUUGCUCGAGUCAGGACAGGACCGGACUGCACGAAUUCGGGUAUGAUAUAUAAAUGAGUAUGUUUACACAGAUCUGUAUAUCAUUUUUUUUUUUCAAUUUUUUAUUUAUUUUUAUUUAUUUAUUUAUAUUUUUUUUCAGAUGAGAUAUUUUCAUAGUAUGUACAUGUGAAAAUAGGUUUUUCUUUGCAUUCUUACUGAAAUUUAUUCUUUAUUGGCAUAAAAAGUUAUUGCUUCUAAUUAAUUUGAGGUGAUUAUCUGAAUAAAGGAUGGUAUGGGCUACCAUAAUAAACAAUAUGAGAUUUAAGCAAUAGCAGGAAUUGGAAAUGUUUAUGAAGAAACAGCCUAAAGUACGAAACCCUACUGUAUGGCAAUGCUUUUACCAUUUAAGAUAAUCUAUUGAGUCAUUUUGAAACGAAUGAAAUAAGCUGUUUACAAACACUACAUAAUGAGUCAUUUACUCAUUCUUGGUUUAUCAAUUUUGAUAACAAGUUCAAAAGUCAAAUCUCAACCUGGUUUCUCAAAUGGUGGUCACAACAUGGCGCCAUUCCAGAAAUCUUGCCUCUCACCUUGGCAGACCAAGUAAAAUAUUUUCUUACUAUUUACAAAGUUAACAAACACAAUUCCCAGUUUCCAAUUCUCCUCCUAUUCUUUUGCAAAUAUAAGGUCCCCUGAAUAUUCAAAUGGCAAUAUGAUAUCCAAAAUAAUACAGCCAUUCGACGCCAUUACGUCAAAUGGUGGGACACUUUCAAAAUUGAUAGGAUCAUGGGUUAUGUUGAAGAUGAAUUUCCAAAACAUAUUCCCAAACAUGUUACUCCAGUCACUGCAACACAAAAUUUCAAGCAAAGUAAUCCAUAACAGGCCUCUUCUGAGAACACAACUCGAUCUAGAAGACCUCCUAAGUCAAAAAUUGCUUAACUCAAAGAAAUGGCAGCAUCAAUUUUAGACCGCAUCCAAGACCUCUCUCAGGAUGAUGAAGAGGCUGAUGAUGCAUCCUCAGCUGCUGAAUCAAGUCACCCAAGGAAUUCGUAUAAUGAUUCUUUGUAUCAGGAUAACCAAGAUCCAUUUGCAUGAUCAAAGUCAAAGUACAAAAUCCAAGUCAAAAUCACUAUUUGGUCAGAAUCACUAUUUCUACAGUCCCCCGACAAAAACACUAUUCAUCUACAGUGCCGUCGCUGUCGGCAUAAAACGACACGAACAAUGAACACUAUUCAUCUACAGUUAAAAGCAAAAACAUCUCAGUCAGGAAAGUCAGAAGCAUCUUUUAAAGCUAAAAGUUACGCCGCAGAUUCCGGAGAGAUGUCUCCAAUAGUUCUUCAACAUUUCAGAAGCAUGGAUAUAAAUUCCGAUGCCAUUCCAUUGGUGAAUCAGGCUCCAGAGAGAGAAUUCAGGCUUCAAGAAAUUUUCCAUUGUAAUAUUUAUUUGUAUUAUUUUCUAUCAUUUCGGACAGCAAUACAGCACCAAUAUAUUGUACACAGCCGAUAUCUAUCAGUAAUUUUGUAAGUUAAUUUUCAUUGUAAUUUCCAUUCCAGUAUUGUAAUUUGACUUAAUAUUUUAGUUAAACUAUUAUUUCUGAUUUAAUAUUU